CCUACAAGACAAUAUAAGAAAGAGCACUUGAAAGAAAGUCUCCUUAAUGCAGUGAACCAGACCAAGAGCUCUUCAGCAACAACGUAACUGCACCGACUUCCAGAUAUCAGAAGCGGCAUAUUUGGACAGAGAAAAGAUAAUGCAAAAUUAUAGUCUAUACGGAGGAAAGAACUUCCACCCUUCUUCAAGGAUGUCCAUUCUUUCACAAAGGCAUCUGCUUCUGCAAGCUGCAAAUGGCCCUGGAGAUUCAGCACUUAUACUCUCAACCGAUGCUAAGCCCAGGCUAAAAUGGACCGCAGACCUCCAUAAAAGGUUUGUGGAAGCAGUCAAUCAGCUUGGAGGAGCAGAUAAGGCUACUCCGAAAUCAAUUUUGAAAGUUAUGGGGAUUCCAGGACUUACCUUAUACCAUUUAAAGAGCCAUCUUCAGAAAUACAGGCUUAGCAAGAAUCUGCAUGGACAAGCAACUAAUGGGACAAACAGAGCUGUGGCAGAAGUAAAAGCGUCAGAAGCAAAUGGACCUCAUAUGAACAAUUCAAGCAUUGCAAUACAAGUGAACAAAAACUUACAUAUAAGCGAAGCAUUUCAGGUCCAAAUUGAAGUGCAGAGACGGCUUCAUGAGCAAAUGGAGGUGCAGAGACACAUGCAGCUGCAUAUAGAAGCACAGGGAAAAUAUCUCCAGGCUGUGCUGGAGAAAGCUCAGGAGACUCUCGGAAGACACGACUUAGGCUCCGUCGGACUCGAGGCAGCCAAAAAUCAACUCUCCGAGCUGGUCUCUAAAGUGUCCGCCGAUAGCCUGAGCUCCGCAUUUCCCGACUCGAUCGAUCUCCAUCUUCACCAGCUGCAAACGAACCAGAACACCGAUUGUUCGCUCGACAGUUGCCUGACGUGCGAACGGCCUCAAAAGGACCGGAAGGUGGUCGUCGACGGAUCGCGAUCGAGGGACCAUCAUCCUAACCCGUUUCUGCUCUCGUCGGACAUCGCAGACGAUCGCAGAAGCGGGCAGACUGCUCGCGAAGACGCGGAAGCGAGAGUGAAGAGGGCGAUUUGUGAUUUAUCCAUGAAUUGCGGUCGCCGGAGCUCCUCCGAGGGGACGAACGGACGGAUCGACGAGGAAAUCAAGCUCACGAGUCCCAGACGAACCGGCGACGGCGAGACGGACUCGACCGAGGGGGAACAGCGCGAGGGACCGUCGGUCGACUGCGGACGUUCUCGCCUUCGAUCGGAGCUGGACCUGAACGCUCGCGAUGAAGGCAGAGACGCUUCGAGCCGCCGCGAGCCGCUCGAUCUGAACGGUUCCAGCUGGAGCUGAGAGGCGGGCGCUCAACGGCGAGCUUACGCGACGAGGACGACGAGAGUUCGCACCGCCGAGUUCCGCCGGAGCUGCCUCCGGUCCGGAGUUCGAGCGCCGGGGGACAUCUGUCGACUUCGUAGCACACGGUCUGUAGCGGGAAAGUGAGAAAAAAAAGAGAUUUUUUUCCCAUUUUCUUUUCAAUUAAUAUUUUUAGCAAGGUUUUUUUUUGGUUCUUUUUUUUUAUCAUGAGGUUUUUUUUUUGUUCGGAUAAUAAGGUUUUGAUAAGCGGGGAGAUGUUUUAUGUGGGACGUAAACGAACGAAAAAAAACUAUGGUGUAACUUGACGCAAAAGAAAAAUAAUUGCAAAACAAUAAACCAUGUGUUUUGUAAUUUGGAAAAUAAAUAAAAAAGUACAAAAGUUAUUUCAU